AUGGCAGCGUCCAGAGAAAGCCGAACGAGCUUGAUAUGUUUUUGUUUAGGAAGUGGCGUGUGUCUCCUGCCUGUUUUUACAUAUCUUAGUUUUCUGAUAGAGAGUUUAUGGAACGAUCACUUUGUUUACAUAAUAGGAUCUUAUGUCAUCGCCUGUAAUGCUAUCAUUGCUGGAGUCUAUAUCCAAAACAAGGACAUGUACAAUAAUGGUGUGCGUGCAGGUUUCUUAGGAGUUAGUUUUGGAAUCGGACUGCUGAUUAGCAUGUCUGACACAUCAUGGGUGCACUUCGGCUGGUACAUCACAGCUCUUGCCUUCUUCCACUGGUCUGAGUACUACACAACUGCAGUGACCAAUCCCAAAGCCUUGUCGUUGGAGUCCUAUCUUCUGGAUCACAGUCGGGAAUACAAGCUGGCAGCACUAGCCAGCUGGACUGAGUUCACCAUCGAAUGGUUCAUUUUUCCUAGUCUGAAGGAGAUUCGGUAUGUGGGCCUUAUUGGACUCAUGCUUGUGAUUGGUGGCGAGUGUUUACGGAAAUUGAGUAUGGUGACAGCCAACACCAACUUCAACCACUACGUGCAGCAUACUAAACAAGCCGGACACUCACUGGUCACUCAUGGAGUUUACCAGUUCUUUAGACAUCCUUCCUAUGUCGGUUGGUUCUACUGGAGUAUUGGAACUCAGCUAGUCCUGUGUAACCCUAUCUGCCUUGCUGGCUACACUGCUGUCUCCUGGAGGUUCUUCAAGGAGAGGAUAUUUGAAGAGGAACUGUACCUCCUGAACUUCUUUGGAGAAGAGUAUAUUGACUAUCAGAGGAAAGUUGGCACAGGCUUGCCAUUUAUAAAGGGAUUCCGAGCAGAGGUUUGAUGUAAACAUAUGCAGGAUUUGUGUAGUUUCUGCAGUACGUAAUAGACAAUCUUUCAACACUAUGCACAGGUUGUUACCAUGGUUACAUUGACUGUUGGUGAAUUUGUUAAAGGAGAAAUCCUUGUUAUUACCGGUUUGAAAUUUACUGUUAAAUUUGAAGUGUCAGUAUUCAAUAGGCAGUCUGUGCCAAAAACCUUUUAAUCACUACUAGUUAGAACCUAUCUCUUUGCAUUAUUUUGAGUAGAUUUUAGUGUUAGUAAGUGUUAGUAAAUGGUAGUUUUAUCAGAUGAUGGGAAGAACUAUUCAUUGGUCUUAUUCCGAAUGGCUUAACAUGGUUUAAUUUGAUAGAUGAUUAAAAUGUUUCAUAUACACAACAACACAAAAUGAUUCAACAAUGUCUAUAGAAUCUCGUGAAGCCAGUAUCCCUUUCUAUGAUGCUUGCAUCCAAGAUCCAUAUCAGUCUUGAAGAAGUUUGCAUCAGUGUGGACAAAGGUCACAUCUGGGUAGUUAUUGGCAGGGGUUCAAAUGUUUUU